AUGGAGCAAGCUGCAGGGUGUGGGGCACGCAUUUUCGUGUCAUUUGCAGGCCCUACAUAUGGGUCAAAGGAGACGCCUGUCACUGAGGCAAUCAAACUGAUCUUUCCUAUGUUGGUGGCGAACAAUUACAAGCGGGCUAUGGUACUUGGCACCUCUUCCUAUCCGUCCCCUCUGGAUAAAGGCGCCAUUAAGUGGAAAUUAUCCGUCGCAUUGAUCAAAAUUAUCGCAGGGAGUGCAUACGAAGAAUUCCGCGGGUUGGGUGAAUUUGUCGCAUCUCAGGACCCUACCCAGCUCCCAUGGACGUUAUUCAGGGUACCUUUCCUCACUAACGGGGCUGAAGCACCGGUAACAGCCACAUAUACGGGACACGGCGACGAUGGCUUCUUCCUUUCACGUAAAAGCAUGGCGAGUUGGGUUUUGAAAGAGAUGGAUACAAACUCUGUUCAAGUCGGUAAAACUCCGGUCAUCUCAAAUUAA